AUCCCGUGCCCACUCUGUGCCACAGCUUGGUGUGCCACAAGGGUGCCUGCCACGUGUGUCCUCUGCCCGCUGCCUCCGAGGUGAGCAUGACGAUGCCCUGGUUGCUGCUGCUCCUUCUCCUGGUCAGCUUAGGCUCGCCUGCACCUAGGUUUUCGGAAAAGGAUAUCUGCCUCCUAGAUAACAACAAAUUAAGACAAAGGUUAAAACAGCUUCAGGAUUUGCUUUAUUUAUAUGAACUACACCUGAAGGACAUCUUGGAGAAUACUUAUCAUAGAACAAGGAGUGAGCUAUUCUCAGGCAACAGGAGCAUGCAGCAUGAGGUGCUUUUGCCCACCACCAGUGGAAAUUUGAUAGUCUAUGACCAAGAUUGCUCCGCAGUAUUUAAUAGGAAGAAGACUCAAAAUGGGUACUACCGGAUCAGGCCCAGAGCAGACCAAGAGCCUUUCCUGGUGUACUGCGACAUGUCUGAUGGUGGAGGGUGGACUGUAAUUCAGCGGCGGAGUCACGGCAAGGAGAAUUUCAACAGGAAAUGGGAUGAUUACAAACUGGGAUUUGGAAAAUUCCAGGGGAAGAAUGAUGAAUAUUGGCUAGGCAACGAGCACAUCUAUGACCUGCUCGCUCGAGGAGAGACCUCAUUAAAGAUUGACCUGAUGGACUGGCAUGGAGAAAGACGUUACGCAAUCUAUGAAAAAUUUCAGCUCAGGAAUGAGCAGGACAAUUACAGGUUAUGGUUUGGCACCUAUUCUGGUAAUGCUGGCGACGCUCUGUCUGGUGGGAGCAGUUUUGAAGAGCAGUGGUCAGCCUCUCACAGAGGGAUGCAGUUCACCACAUCUGACAAGGAUCACGAUCGAUUCGUGGCAGGCAACUGUGCGCUAGAGAACAAGUGCGGUUGGUGGUUUAACAGGUGCCAUUCCGUAAACCUCAAUGGACGAUAUUACAAAACAGGAAGCUACAAUGGAUCCCACGACAAUGGCAUUGUUUGGUCUACCUGGCAUGGGGUGUGGUACUCAUUAAAAUAUACAGCCAUGAAAAUCAGAGCUCCGUUCUUUAUUGACAGGGAGAGUGGAGAUGGUGAGAACAGUCAGGACAGCUGAAAACUGCUGCUUUGAAAAGAAGAAAUUAUGGGCAAAAAAGAAUUGUAGAAAUCAAUAACCCAGCCCUCUGCUGCUGCUAGUCACAAACCUGCAUUGAGAUAACUGGAGUUGGACCUGUUUCUACCAACUGAGGCUGAAGUCAUGAGCUGUUUGAGCACAGCUAACCAACAAUCUAAUGGAAAAUAUACUGAUCUCAGUCAUGGAAUAAUCAAAAUUUUCUUCUUCCAUAAUUUUCAGGAUUUCAUUGGAGAGUGUUUAUAAGAAACUCUCCAGACCUCAGAUGAUCAAGCAUGUUCUUUUAGCUCUCUGUACUCUUCAAGGGUUACAUCUCUCUCAUCUUGAUUUCAGUGGUCAUUGUCUGAGGUAUGAGAGCAUAAAAAAAGAAACAAAAGGGUGAUGAGGAACAGGCCUUCUCUGGGGUGCCUUCAUUAGGGUUUUACUUCAGAUCAGGAGCAUGUUUUUAAACAACUCUUCCCUGUUGUCCUCCAUUCCCACCCUUCAGCCUCAGACAGUCCUGGAGCGUGUGAACUGGAUUCCUUUUGGAUAAAACCAAAGCAGAUGAUGCAGUCCAACUGCUGAUGAGCAUCCAGACUAGACCUACUUCAAAGUAAACACCCCAGAACAAAGACAACGUGGACACUGGCUGUCACUGUUAACAGCUUCACCCUGCAGAUCCACCGCUAUAGUGCACCACUACAUGAUAACGCAGACAUAGCUGAUGCUGCCAACCAGACUUUGCCCCAGAUUUAGAUUAUGUGGAUUUUACUAAAUUUAAGAUGAGCACAGAUAUUCCUAGGAGUUCGUAAAAUGCUGUCAUGAUUCAUUUGUAUGUUCUUCUGUAACUUAACAGACAACUUGGAGUUACUAAAAGGAAAACAGAAGAUGAAAAAUGAUGGAAACAUAAGACACACUAAUUUCACUGUCUCAUCCGAGUGUAAUGAAAAAGAAAGUAACACAAAUGACUAAAAGAAAUGGAAUACUGAAAAUUUCUUUUCUAAGAAGUUGUUAGUAACAGUUAAAAAUGAACAGUAAUAUGAGCUUGACACAAGUCAUUUAACUUUCAUGCUGUAGAAUGAGCCUAUUUUUUCUGAAUUAUAAUAAUGGUCUUCUAAAUUGGUAGUUCUUUUCCAUUUAUUUGCUUUUAGAUCAAUACAUAUUGUAAUUUGUAUUAUAUAUCCAUAAAGUGUGAAAUAAACCCAUCUGAGUAGGACUUAACACUUUUUAUCUGUUUUUAAACAGUAGGAAAUUGAACAGAGAUUUGGGUGUAAGUCUUGCAAAAGCUCAUAAUAUAUUUCAUUCUUUGUUGUUGUUGCUGGUGCUUUUGCACCUGCUGUCCUGGUUAGCUCAGAAGGUCUGUAAGGCAAGUUUAAUUUCCAUGCCUCAAGCAUGUCCUGGAGACACUGUUGAGACGUGGAUAUUCAGCGUGAAAUUUCGUCGCUUUGGUUCUUCUGCGCUGUCAACAAAUAAACUUUGUUCACGUUUGUUCCUAGACUUCCCAAUGACUGCAAAAGUGAACACCAGUGCAUAGUGGGCCAGCACUCCAGUGAGUCGUGCUCCUAAAACCUGUGACCUGGCAAGACUGUGUGGCUUGCCUUCUUUCCAAGCAUUAGCAUUGACCCAUGUGGAACUAGAUUUACGCCUAUGUCUCAGGAACGAGUGUGCCCUUGUGAAGAACUAAUACAAUUUUACAGUAGUAAAGUUUUAGCACAAGGUUGUAACUAUGGAUUAGGAGUAUCUGCUUAAAGAAGGCAUCAGUCAGCACACAAAAUAACAACGUUGUGGCUGAUGAGUAUCCAGGGCAGUUAAGGACACUUUUAUCUAGGCAGAAGGCAGACAAGUGUGAGCGCAAUAAGCUCUUGCCAACUGCCUCCUAGCAGAUCAUGCUCAACCUCGUUCUUCAGUAGAGGGCUGAGGAAGCAUAUGCCAGGGUAAACAUUACAGGCUGGUAUUCAGUCCGACUGCAUGCUGGAAAUCAGCUGCAGCAGCAAAGGGCCAGCACUAGUGGUUUGAUAGCUCACUGAGCAGCCCCGUAGCCCAUCCGAUUACUAGAGCAUCAAGCAUGGGCUAAAGUCAGUAGGGCUUAGUCAGACAUCUGCUACACAGUCCGAUUCCCCAAGAGUGAUGAGCAAUGUAAAGCCACCUCUGUCCAGAGUACAGAGCCUGUUUCCCUCUGUGUCAAUACAUAAAGGUAUGGGUAUGGGUAAAGGUAUGAUCGCCUUCAGCACCAAUGUAAAUGUUACAGGCUUUUUUUCUCUCUCUCCAAACAACAUGGGGGCCAAGAUCUGGCAGUCUGAGAGAGUAGGAGGUCUCACUCACUCAUUGCCAUCUUAGACUUAAGAUGUACCUAAUCUGGUCUGAAUGCAGGCCAAUACUGAGAAAAGGCUGCAGAAAGAGGUAUCUGGGUUGGAAAAGGCUUCCCCUCCUCUGCUCUACCUGCAGCACAUGGGAACUCCCCACAGAGGUGCAGGGUGUUUCAGAACUCUCUGUUUUCCUAAUAAACAGGGUAAAACACAACUAGUCGAGUACAAGAGCUACAGCCAAGUACCAAUAAAUCCCACAGAAGGUUAUAGAAAUGCUUACUGAAUGUUGUUGUGCAGUACGUUUGAUCUCCUCUGUUUCUCCAGGGUCUCCUGCAUUGAGAGGCUCACCAAGGCUGUAAGCAGAUCUUGUAGCAAUGUAGUUCUACAGCUGACAGAUCACUGCUUCAGGCUGAAUGUGCUUCAUACAGCGGAGUUUCCCUUAGCACAGGGGUGGUAAGUAACCAAAUCAGUAAUUGCUUUAGAGGCCUGAUUUUCAGCUCACUGAAGACAAUUUAAAGACUUGUUACAUUUCAUUAGCUUUGGAUCCGUCCUCAAGCACGGACAUGUUCUAAAAUACUUUAAACAGCAUUUUAAGCUGAUAGUUAAUGGCAAUAUGUACCUGGUAAUAACACUGCACCAGGCCAAAGGGCUGAACUUCCGCAACGCAGCAUGCUGGAACAGGUACUGAGAAAGAAGCAACUUGCACCACACUGCAAGUCAGAUGCAGCAUUCUAGCAGCAGCUGGAAAAUGUUACUCAUCAAAAACACUGUUAAAACUGUGGAGUUUAACCAUGGAGCCAAACACUGAGAUCCUUGUUCCUCCUAGGCUAUUGCAAUAAGUCCUACCACUGCGUGCCUUUGCGAGUUAUCUGUGCGUACUGUGGACACGUAAGUGGGGUGCCAACUGACUAAAGCACAACCUGAUACUGCUCUCCCUUUUAAAAUUGCUGUUGGUUUGGAGAAAAAAAAAGUAUGAGUUUGGAAAUAUAUCUUUCCACUCUGAAAGCCAGUUUUGAGAAAGAUAAUAGACUACAGCCCAAGGAUUAAGCACAUGCCACUUUUGCCUUCACACCCAAGGUGGGUUAAAAGGCAUGUAGGGAUCAGCUCUUUACGGGAGUGUUGUUUUAAGACUAACAAUUCUCUGCCUGUACCUAUCUUCCCUCAUUCAGUCCUCAAUUGCCACUAUUUCUUUUCUGUCCGUUAGCAUUCCUUGCAAACUCUCUGAAAAGAUAGAUGAUUAUUCUAAUACGCGGCAAGCAAAGUGUCUGUGUCACUCUUGCUGGCCUGAGCUCUGACUCUGUUGUCGGCUGGAGUUUUUAUUCCAGAUCUCAAUACUUGCAGCAGUGCAUAAUUACCAGUUUUUAAUCUCUGAUUUUAAAGCAUAAAAAAAUCAAUGUAACUUUUGUACUUC